AACCUAUUAAAGUCCUCAAAACUGCAACACAUGAAAAUUCAUGAUUAGAAUAGGAAAAACAAUUUAGGGGGUGAGAAUUGAGGGUAUUAAUUAAUAAAAUUCUCACACCCCCAGAUUUGAUUUGGGGAUAGACGACUCCAAUUAGGGCUUAGAUCUGACUAGUCAUAUCUCAAUUAGGGUUUUAUCAUCUUCUUGAUUUUCACUGAAUUAAGUUACUUUUUUCUAGAGAUCGUUGGUUUGGGUUUUUGCGGCCUCAAGAUUGAAGCUUUUGGUGCUGCCAAUGCAUCAAUUUACUUUUCUUUUAUAGCAGAAUUGAAGAAUUGAAAAGCUACUUAUUUACUCAAUGUCUUGGGCGGGUCCUGAGGAUUUCUAUCUCUCCACUUCUCUUGCUAGUUAUCUUGACAAGAAACUUCUUGUUUUGCUGCGAGACGGGCGAAAACUGCUGGGAAUACUCCGUUCUUUUGAUCAAUUUGCUAAUGCUGUCCUUGAAGGAGCAUGUGAGCGAGUUAUUGUUGGUGAAAUAUACUGUGACAUUCCAUUAGGACUUUAUAUAAUUCGUGGGGAGAAUGUUGUAUUGAUUGGUGAAUUGGAUUUGGAGAAGGACGAGCUUCCCCCGCAUAUGACUCGCGUUUCACCUGCGGAGAUAAAAAGGGCGCAGAAAGCUGAAAGAGAGGCUUCAGAUUUAAAGGGCACAAUGAGAAAGAGGAUGGAAUUUCUAGAUAUGGACUGAUGUGGAUUCACUGUGAAUAUCUUCCGCAAAUAUUAUCGCGGGUGAUUGAUGCUGGGAAAUUAAACUAGGUCUCAUUGUCAAUUUGAUUCCUUCUAUCUCCUAUGAUUCUCAACAUGCACAGUUUUGUGUAGUCUUCCAAAUAUGUUUCUUUUUUAAAAAUUGGGAAAGAUAAUGCUCAAGUUCUUUUACCCUUUCAAAUUCAAAUGCUGCAUAUCAUUACUUAGUGAAUUUGAGAUUGAAAUGUGUUUGGCUAUCAAAAAAGCCGUCCGGAAUGUUUUAAUGGUAUAAUGGUUACAGUAUCUGGUUUGUAGUUGGAGUGUUAAAAGAUAAUUUCAA